AUUACUCGAUAACUGCUGGGAGGUAGUCUGGUAGAAGGGUGUGGCUACUGAAUCAUGCUGCUCUUUCAUUCUUUAAAAGCCUCUUGUCAUUUAUCUUCCAAGGCAUUCUUAAGGUCGAGGAUAAUAUCCAGUGGAGUUAUUGGCAAAAUGUCUUGCUCCAGUUGGAAUUAUGUAGAUCAAGAGAGCUGGUGUCACUUACCAAAUUCACAAAGCAAUGGCCUGAAUCAAUCUCCAAUUGACAUACCAACAAAAGACACUAAAGAAAGUCCUGAAAUAUCUCCGCUUAUCCUCAAGGGCUACGAGCAGAAGCUCAAAGGAACCUGGACACGAACCAGUCACAGCCUACGCUUUGACCCAUCAGGGCCAGCUCCAAGCAUUGUUACCUAUGGUGGUGCUUAUAUAUUGAGACAGUUUCAUUUUCACUGGGGAGACCAGCCAGGCUGUGGCUCUGAGCACCUCGUGGAUGGGAGCUCAUAUGAUGCCGAGUUGCAUUUUGUGCACGAGAAGGAAAGCCCUACGUCUAAUGUACCAAAUGCUCCUGAUCAGUUUGCUGUUCUUGGUGUGCUUUUGAAACGAUCCAAGGGACAAGGGGGAGGAGAGGUGUGGGAAGCACUGAAAAACGUGCCUCAAGUUGACAAAAAGAUUGAGAUUGAGGUCACCCCAAGUCAGCUAUUGCCAGCAAACAAGUCCUAUUGGCAUUACGGUGGUUCACUGACCACUCCACCAUGCAGCGAGGUUGUACAGUGGUUUGUCUUCCACCAGAUCCUGAGCGUCCCUGAUGAUGUAGUCCAAAGGUGGUCAACACUACCUUCAGAAUCACCAUUACCAUUCAACUAUCGUAAAGUACAAGAGCUCAAUGGCAGGAAAGUCUGGCUACUGAAGGAUUCCAAUUAAUGCAGUAGCAGGAACAGAAAGGA